CAUGAUUCGGUGGUAGUUGAAGUGGAUGCGGUCGAACUUCUCAGUGAACUUCGUCCAGUUGAAGGUGCUGGAGAUGGACAGCCAGACGUGCCUCUUGAAUGGACAUCUCCCGUAUGGCCUUAUGUUGCAGCGUUAGCGGAACGGAUUAGAUUGAUACUCAAUCCUGAGCAUCCGUAUAAUUUUGAAUAUGCACCUGAAUGGAAAGGAAUCGAUAAAGAGGUGAUGAUGAGUGAAGCAGCACGACGGUUAACAUUCGAACAUUGGCCGCAUAUGAAUUACAGCUGUGACUAUGAUAUACUCAUACAAAUGAAUAAAUUCUGGACUAGAUGGGCACUUCCAUGUCAAAUGGCGGAAGCGGGUUUCUUUCAUCAACCAAAUAAAGCGGGUGACGACCGAGUGUUGUGUUUCGCAUGUCUUGUGUGUUUGGUUUGUUGGGAACCAUCUGAUGAACCAUGGUCCGAGCACGAGCGUCACUCACAGUGGUGUCGUUUCAUUCGAAACAACGCCAAUCCCAAUGUGCCGUUGUCGGUAACGAUGUCAUCUCUAUCACCGUUCGCGCAUCAUAUUCGGCUUCGACGUACGUCCGUCGUCUCAUUUAUUGUCUCAACAACAAGUAAUUGUGAAUGGAUCGCUGUCGCUUCGCAGCACUCUUCUCGUGUUCACAUAUGGCGUUCAGAUAGAGUUGUUCAUGCAAAUCAAUACUUUAUGAUCGAUCUAAACGAUCAGUUUAUUGCAAUGAGAACUGGUUACUCACUCAGUGAUGUGCCUCGUCGAGGACCGCGGGUUACCUGGAGUGACUGGAGUGAUGAAACAAUUGAGGCUUCAAAUGCACAGAAUAAUGCAACCAAACCCAGUUCCGGUGCUGCUGCUGCCACUGCCACCAUUGUAAAUCAGUCUCUGGGACAAACAUACAUUUCCUCCUCUUCAAAUUGCCCAGGGACAGCAGCAACUUCAAAUGAGAAUGUUGAAUUGCAGAAUAGUUUAUCAUCACAAACAAACACUCUUACAAGCAGCAGUUCUGAUGAGAUGUUGAUCGUGGCCAUUUGCACGGUUGGAGCUCCGUGCAUCAUUGAACCGUCGUCAGUUGGAGCUGUGGCUGGUUCAGCUGCGGCCAGAUGCCAUCCAGCGAUCGUUGUUGGCAUUGGCAUUGACAGCUGCAAAUUGAGCAAGGUAUGUACUGCAGACGUAACACCCCGAAUCGUUACCGAGGAUUCAACUACACUGCAACAGUCAUUGUCCUCAUGCACUUCUUCUCCACCAAGCUACCAUCCAUUCAUUGUUGUAUAUCAAAUCGCCGAUCAUGCCACUGUAAACAAUACUGAUUCCAAUAUUGCCACCACUAGAACAGACGAUACGAAAGAUGAUGAAAUGUGGUGCAUGCAGCCGUCAUCACCUUGGAUCAGUGCGACACCAGCCGAUAAGUCGACCGCUAAUAACGCUGGUACGAAAUUAUCAAAUGUAGAUGAUAAUACGUUAAUUUCAAAAAUGACCGCUCUAGAAGAAACUGAUUUUGCCGAGGCGAUGUUAUUGAUGGAAAGUGAAAAUGAAGCGUUAGAAUGGUGUGCGAACGCAAGUGAACCAGAAUACGAGCAUCAGACAAUGUUAGAGGAAGGAUGGGACGCUGACUUGAAGGAAGCCCCGAAAUUUGACGAAAAGACAUCUGGUGAUUUCGUCUCAGUCAAUUACGAUCCUAGUCCGGUCAAUGUGGUACUUAUGCAGUGCUUCAGAUUACCAACCGAACUUGAUGAUAGCACAACGAAAAUCAAGGCAAUAUUACCCACGAGCAACGGUAUGCAUCUUGUUGUUGGCGUCACUCGUGAUGCUGCCACUUCAAAAAAUAUCAUUCGAUCAGCCAUCAUUGUCUAUCGUCUUAUUUUCACGCAAUAUAUCACUUCAGUUCAGGAAGAACCUUGCAAAAUCUAUUUCGAUAUCCAUCACUACAUUGAACAGAUUCUUCUAAUCAACACAGAUGCAUUCUCUAGCCCAUCGGCAAGUUCACAAUCAGAGCCAAAUAUGGAAAUCGAUCUAUUCGAAAGCGUGAUUAUUCGAACCAACGAAGGUGAAGUGUUCAUAAUAGAUGUAGAAAGAAACGUAAAAGUGAAGCUGUGUGAUGAAAAGGCGAAGCAUAUUGCUCUGAUGGAAAAUGGCAAAGUUUCGGUGAUUACUGAGAACGGAAAGGUAUUGGUUCUACAAGUGGAACAGAUGUGUUCUUGUCGUAUCGCGGAAGAGGAGAAUGAAGAUGAAACUGUUGCAGCGCUUCUAUCUGAUUUUAACUCAUCCUCUGAAUUACCACUGACUACGUUCUCAUUAAAAAAACGAGCAUUGAUAGGCACAUCAUCGUCGACUUCUUCGGCGACGACAAUUGACGAAGUUUCGUCAUUGAGAACGCCGUUCGAUCAUAAAUCACACCAACCGUCAAGAAUGCAAAUAUUGGCUAUGCAGCCGUUGAGCUCAUCGAAUUUACGCAAAUUAUGGGAAUUAACAAGAAGUGAUGGCGGUUCAUCCUUACUGCUCACUCAACCAGGCACUCUUUCUGUUGGAGGGACAAUUACCGGCUUUCACGUGGUUCCACCACUGGGUUGGAAUGAAGUGCAUUUUCUGCAAAAAAUACGUAAGAAUCCACAACAUUGGCUACGUAGUGAUCGAACUACACGCACCUGGCAUUUACAGCCAGACGCGUGCGGAUUACCAAAUGUUCAGGCGUUCGAACUACAUCUUCAGACUUCAAUGCAGUUGUCACAUGUGAAUGUACGUUUCGCAUACCACCAGUCUUGUAUUGGUUGUCCCGACUUACAAGUCACCGUGCUAAGACGUCGAAUCGUAGCCAAUAAAGACCCAACUAAAACAAAAACAGCAACUUCGUCAGCAAGCAAUAUUCGGCCAGCGUCGUUCAUGGUCGAUAUUGCUGACCUUCGAGAUCAGUGCGACAUUAUGGCUGGUCCUUUACUGUUGGCCGAUUACAUUGAAAUUGGACGUGCAAGUUCGAUUAUACAGCUACCAGGACGUAUUUUCACGUCUGUUUCACAAUAUGCGCGAGUAAACAAUAAAAUACCAAAGACGCAAACGUUGUAUUUGGUGAUUGAAUCGUUAUCUGAGGUAUCGUUCGAACAGCUCAUUGCAGCUCAUAAAAUUCGCGACAGAGAAAAGAGUGCAUCCCAAGAAACGAGUUCGAAGACGCGAAGCUUGCGUAGACGUGGUGGUGCUGCGAUGGGUGAUAGAAAAAGUUUAGAGUCGAAAGCAACAAAGAAAACACAUCUGAAAAGCGACUUACCUCCAACUGGAAAUACAAGAGGAUCUGGUGCUCCAUAUAUGGCACCACGAUUUCCGUUUCAAUCGUCGUCCUCAACAGCACAAGCGCGUAAAGGUAUCGAAUGGAUUGAAGAAAUUUCAAUCUCAUUGCUUCGAAUCAAAAAAGCAUCUGAACGACAUGAAAGGAUUCAACGACGUAUGAUGAUCGAAACGACUGAUUUUCAUGCAAGAUUGGUGAAAUUAACAUGUGGUAGAUCAAACUCUGAAAAUGAUACGAGUCUGCAGCAAUAUCAAACGAAUGGAGUUCGAUUACUGAAUGAACACAGAGCGCUAGAUUUGCUCACAUGGCUUCUUGACAAUUGGAGUGUUUUACCGAACGCACAAUACAUCGUGGGAGUGACGGAUGUCAUCGUUUCCGAAAUGGAUAAUAUUCUCGUGAAUGGUUUCAUUUUUGCGUCAAGAUCAAUUGCUCAUAAGUGGUGCUCUUUGCUUAUACAGCUGCUGCACUUAUUGAAGUUCGUGGAUAUCGAGCGCUAUAGCGGAUUGCUGGAAGCAAUAAUGAAAUCAUUAACUUGGUCAAUCGAUCGUCUUUAUUUAGUUAAAAUGGCGGGUGCAUUGCACUGGUUACUUACGCUCGCAUUUGCAACGUUGCAGAUGUGCACUUCAUUGGCCGGUCAUCCGAAAUGUUCACAAAUGGUCGAUAGUUUAUUGAUGAUGUGUGCAAGUACGUUGACGGCGAUUGGUGAAGCAUGGAAAAAUACCUGGAAUGGAAGCGUUCAUGAAAAAUUGGCAAACAAUUAUGGUCUUUGUGGGCUUCCGCUUGAAUUGGUUAUGUACGAAUGGCCUGCUCCAAUGUUAUCGUUAUGGACACGUUCAUCAGUGCCUACAAAUUAUGGUUCAAUGGCUGGUGGUACAUCAGUAGCAGUGAUGCCAAUGCCAGUUGCAUUGAAUGGUGUGGCUGCAGCAAAUGCAUCCAACGUCAAAUAUCCAUGGUCUUCACCAGUUCUUCCGACGACAAAUUUCGCGCAGAAACAUCACAAUUCCAAUCCGGCUGCUUCAAUUCACAGUAAAGCUUCAAUCUCUUCAUCGGUACCCAGCAAAGACGUGGUCACGGUCAGCGCUUUCAUGAACACUGCCACUGCGCAGGACGAAAUAGACUGGCUAGACGUUUUUAAUAUGGUGCUUGGUGACACAAAUCAUCCGUUUAGUUCUAGUUCAACAACCUCCAAUGAUGGCGUGCCACCAAUUUCGAUCGUUCCGCCGCCAGGGACUAGUUUUGCGUUCAAUUCUCGUUUCGGUUCAAACGCUAACGACUCGAAUAUGGGUCGUGAUAUGAAACGCCGUACUUUCCUGUCGGCCUCGCAAUUGAGUGGUUUACUUGAAGUGGAACCGCUAUCGUUUAACUGUUGUGCUGCUUCGGAACAUGUCAAAGUUGAGAAUGUCGAUACAGGUACAAUAGUGACGGUGAAUUGCUCAAACGCAACAACGUUUCAGUUGGCCUCAAAAGGACCGUUAAUUAUGAAAACGUCGAACAGCAUCACCCCUCACCAACCAAUUCCACCAACUACACCCAUGGUGAAUCUUCAAAGUUUGAGUGCAAGAAUGAAGAAAAUCGCAAUGGAAGUAAACAAUCAGUGCUGUAAGGAUGUAAAUACUUCGGCUGAAACGGGUAUGCAAACAACAAACACGGAUACGGCGCAGGGUUCUACUACACAAGGCUCAUCAGCGAGUACUUUUGGUGUACCAACUACACCCAAGACGACACCGUUCAUGACACCAACUCCAUUAUCGCCAUCUCACCUUUCACCGAUCAAUUCUGAAACGAAUCUAACGAUUCUACCUGAAGAGGAUCGCAGAGAUGAACAAAGAGGUGAAGAACUCGACGAAGAAAGAUUAAUAUCUGAAUCGUCGCGCAAUGCGAAUAACCCUCUCUUCAAACCGGCCAUAACGAUCGUACCGUGUGAUAUACUAAAACCACCACCCGUCCAAGUGCUUUCAAUCGAGAGAAUGACAGUUGGUGCCCGUAAGUUUGUGGUACUCGAUUUUGGUGUUCCGGUACUGCUAACUGAUAUACUAAUUCCGUCGUGUGCAGAGCUGUGUUCUCUCUCUGUGGAUGUGUGGUUAUUAGGUGAAGAUGUAGACGGACAACGUAUUGUUUCAUCAUGUCAAAUCUCGAAUAAGUCGAUUGUCCUUCAAGAUAUUGCUUGCACAAUGUUGAUACGAUUUGUUAAGUUGACAUAUGUGGGUAGGCAGUUGUUCAAUGGGCCAUGUCGUAUACCGUUAGGAUCGUUCUUUGGGCAUCGAUUCUUCUCCGGAUGGCAACCGUAUGCGUGUGAACAAAUGCCCUCGAUUAGCAUCGAACAUUUACGACAACUCUGUGAAGAUCUGAGAUGUAGACAUCAGUUGGCGUGCAAUGAGUUGGUAAGUUUGGUGGAAGAAGAUUCAGCAGACGAAAGAGAUGUGAAGAAGAUUUAUAAAGAAUGCACACAAUUACGUACGCAGUGGAACAUGGUUCGUGGUGUUGUGGAGCGUUUACAGUUCGAUCAAGCAUUCGUUAGAGAGAACAGUCUCAGUGAAGGUGGUUGGUGGAAAUGCGGAGCGGAUCAGUUACGUGUUGUUUCUGAGCAGUUAUUCGCAUUGCUCACCCAGUCCGUGCAUCUGCUCGAUUUGCGUUCAGCUGCCGCCUAUUGUACGAUGAUGGCCGUCGACGGUGAUUUGGCGCCAUCGUGGAUGGAGUUGACGGAUGUAUCACCAACCGUCGGCGAAGUGAAUGCGCAUAACUUGCUUACACUUGAUAUGGCUGUUCGACACUUCAACUUAUUUUGUACAACUGCUGUACCUAAAUUACAGGUGUACAUUUAUGUUGAUUGUGCUGUUUGGUUGUUCCAUCAUGGCGCCGAAAUGUCAUGGUGGCCGAAAUUUUUCACAAGACUUCUUACGCAAUUAUUCUCUUCACCAAUGAAAACCGGUGACGAAAAAGUAUUCAUGCUGCUGUCAUUCCUGUGCAGUCAUACGGUAAAGUCAACAUCCUCUCAGGCUCCUGUAAUGUUGGAAUUAUUGCAAUUCAUUGAUGAAAUUUUGAAAGAAUCGUCAGUAAAAGGAACUGCGGAUGGAGAUAAUGACUCAGAUGAAUGCUGCACUGAUGAAGUGGUAACAAAGAAAUUCGAAGCGAGUUUACUUUGUUCAGCUGUUUUGCUCACUUCAACCGCUUUCGAUGUAAUUGUAUGUGGUAAACGAAAAUUGGAUCGAUGGGCGUUUGCUUCGGGUGAGUUCGCUUACGGUGCGGCCGCAGGGACGUCUUCGCUAAUGGGCUCGUCAUCAAGUGCGUCGUUGCCAUCUGAACGACAACAGCAGUCGGUGAACGAUUAUAACAGUAAUAGUUCGAAGUCGUUAAAGCAAAAUACAUUAUCGAUGAGUGCCAAUACAACUGCAACGGCCACAAUGCAGCCGUCGAACGAUGUCCAAGACGUGCCAUCAGCAGCCACAACAAACACUCAGCCAUCUGCAACAACUGCUGCUGAAUUGCAUUCGAAAGUUCAGUCUUUAUGGGGUCAACAUCUGCAGCAUUUACAAGCAAUGGAAGCGAUGAAAGCCAGUAUAAAAGUGAUGUCAAAAACGGUAAAAUCAAUGGAUGAUAUGAUACAGAAGAAGAUUGAUUCAAAGAUGUUCGACAAAAGUACCAUAGAAGUGGCUACCAAAAUGGCUGCGGAAUGUUCAAAAGCUAUGAAUUUCGAAGAAGCUCAACAACCAGUUACAUCUGAGAAAUCGUCAGCAAGGUCGAAAGGGUGUCGUGUUUCUGAAUUGACAAUGCAACAAGUGCAGGAACGUUUUGAAAAGAAGCUGGAAGAAAUUCACAGCAAUCAGACACCCGAAGUGACUGGUGAAAAAAUCGAAGAACUGGUGAAGUGGGCUGGCAAAAGCAAUUUGCUGUCACCGCUUAAACCACGCUCCAGUCGUCAGCGACAGUGUAAUGUUCGGCUGAAGUUGCCAUUGGAUGUUUGUGAAUCGGUGGCGUCUGGAUUAAUACGUACCCUUUGUGAGCACACCGACGAGAUACCCUCCAGCUGUAAAUUGCUUAUUUGCAAGGUGAUAUCUCGCAUCUGCACAAAUGCAUCUCACCACACUAUUCCGUUGGCCGCUGUUGUUGGAUCGUUUCUUGAACAGCUCAUUCAAAUUGGAUUAAACAGUCGCAAUGCAGUCGUAAUGCGUAGUGCAAUACUAACGUUACUGCAAGAUGUGAUAGAAGCAGAAGCAAGAAGUUAUGCGAAGAUUAUUGCUGGCAGUAGUCGUUCAGAGGCGAACGCAUCCGUAUCGUCGAGUAUUUUCGAAGGCAUCACCGCUUCAUCGGUUGAGCAAUUUUGUCAAAAACUCACUGGAAUCGAAUACGCCAAACUUGCUGAUCGAGCGUUGCAAAGAAGUACAAUAUUGAAGAAUGUUGAUGAACGCAAAUCAACCGGUGCAACUGCAGCUGCGAGUGCGUUACCGUUUGCAUUUGCAUUCAUGAAGACAUCGUACGGUUUCAGUAUUGCAAACUACGAUACCCUACCAUCAAAAGAUAGCGAAUUGGAAUCAUUAAUCGACCAAGCACUGUCACUUGUUGAACCCGCAGAACUGUCGUCGUGUGCCGUCAACAAGCCUAUUCGAUCGAUGAUACUUCUUUAUCUAUGCCGAGAAGUGAUAAAAAGUAGAAUUGGAAAGGGUGAGCCAUUCUCAAACAUAUUCCGUUGGAUUGAUGGCGUUCGAUACGGUGAGGCGCGUGUUGCUGCAGCUGCAGAUAAUGUGGUCGCAUAUGCGGUUAAGUUAUGCUCACCUUCACUGCCCCGAGAUGCAUUCCCAGUUACUGAGGAUAAAUACAAGACGUCAAUCUCGGCCCUUACUGCAUGUUUGCGUAACGAACAGUUCCUUUACGCCGAUCCUGCAAAAACCGACGACGAUCCACAACAACAAGAAACAGCUACAAGUGAAGCAGUUGCUGAAUCAACAGUAGUACCGAGUGCAGAUUCAAGCUCACCGUCCGCAUCCACUUCACCGACAAUUCAUGAAGAACAAGAGACUUUGGUCGACGAGUUGGGUGUCGUUGAGUCAACACAGCCAACUGAGAUGAUCGAUUCGAGUAAUCUGCAAGCAAUCAAAGCGCUUGAUACGUUUGCCGAUAACAUGUCUGGCAAUAUUACGAAAGCUGUGCUCGUCUCGUGCGACAAUCAAAGCGAUCGCUUAGAUGCUGAUGAUCAUCCUCCAGUUCAGGUUCAGGAAGUUUCAUCACCAUCGUUUGAUAAGAAAUCGAAACCGGAAUUGUGUACUGGCGAUAAUAACGAACGAAGAGAUUUACUGAUGUCGUUACCAACCGAAAAAAACAACAAACAAAUGCUUCUCGACUAUAUCAUGAUCAGUUUUUUGAUGCAAGCACGUUCGAUAAGUGAGGACGUGAUGGUGCAGCCUUGCUCAACGUACCAUGAUGAACGUGCUGAAUGUCAACUGGGAUUACGCGCCUACAUCCGAUGUCUUUCGGUGGAUUCACUUGCUGACAUUCUUCUAAGGCAUUCACGACGUCAUCUGGCACCGUGGCGUAAACGAACCGUCUCACGUCCACGUGCACCUGAAAGUGAAGCAAUGCGUGCACAAAUGGGUCGAACUCUUCCACUGACAAUCGCUGCAAUCUCGAAUCUCAUUCAGCAGAUCCCACUUGACUCUAGCGUUGAUUAUGUUGUUUCACUCCUCAGCUUCUUCAACGAUUUUCACGAAGUCCCCGAUGUGGUGAAACGUAUGAUGGUCGAUAUGCAUAUUGUGUUUCCGAAUGAAGGCGUUGAUGCGGUUCUUGCAUUCGCUGCAUCAUGUGAACGUCUCACCGAAUCAUUUUGGACACUUCUGAUGCGAUUCCUCUGUGAAGUAGCUAAUGCCGAUAUUGGACCGGCACUGACGUGUUCAUUUGGUGACUUGAUUGUUCAGCUGCAUUGCACAUCUGUGAAAGAAACAUUCGCACUGCAAAUGAUUGCAAUCAUUUCAGAUAUUUUCUUGAAAGAAGGAGGUUUUGAAUUUUUGCCGUAUCCAGUUGAAAUGAUUAUGCAAAUUGUGAUGAAAAUGCGACGAUUCCCACAAGUUUACGCUCAAUUACCAAGCAAGAAUCUAUCGAGGUUUGUAUGGGCAGUAAUAAGUGUAACAAGAGAUUUAUUAAAUUCGGAUAAAUUUGUUCGAAAUGAGCACGUUACACUUGUGGAUGGUGGAUAUCGUGCUGAUCUAUGCUUUCAGCUGGUCAAAAUGACGGUUUCUGAUACGGCUGUCUGUGAGAAGGAUUCUGAUGGUAAUGUCACUGAGGCAACAGACACAGCCAACGAUAGCGAGGAUCUCUUCAAGCCGUACUGGAGCGUGUCACAGUUACCACUGGAACGUAUCAAUAUAUGCGAAUCUACAUCUCAGUUGCGUUACUAUGAAGAAAUGGUGGGCACAUUGUUGCAAGAGGUGUUGGGUUAUUGUGCAAGCAAUAAAUUGUUGGUUAGUGACAUAAUUAGAAAUUAUCCGGCCGCAGUUGAUGACCUUCUUGAGGUGCUCUCAAGUUGUUCGUUUUGUGAUCGUGAUUACGACUCACUUUUCGAGGAACGUCGAUUUUUAAAUUGUUGGAAGCCAAUAUCGGUAGCUGAUUAUGCGCUACGAUUGUUUUUGCUUUUCUCGGAUUCAGCCGGUGAUCGACUUGAGCAUAUGAUCGGUUUAACAGUUGAAUGUCUUAAGCGUUGUGUGAACAAUUAUGCUCCGCCUGCAUCACCGAAACUCUCAAAACCGGUCGCGUUUUCCGUCGUUUAUAUGCUGUUGAUUCCACAAAAUCAGCACAUCUUCGUUCAGUUUGGUGGACAUUUGGUGGUAUCGAAUGAAAUUAAGAAUUGCAUUAUGACAUCGAUGGGUGAUUGGACUGCACCCGAAAGCAGUACUUUAGUACGUCAGUUGGCUUCAAUGGCUACGCAGAUUUCGUUCGCUGGUGAAUUUCCGAUUGCACCAAGACGGCCACCUGGUGUUAAGGUUGAAGGACUCUUCAACUAUGCGCCAAUUUGUUCAAUAACGUCGUCUUCAUCAAUGGCUCAUCAACUGACCACACUACUCGCUGCCGCACCACCGCAUCGACGUGCUCGAACUGCAAAUUGGAGUUAUCAUUUCUAUUCGAACGAAGAAUGGCUCGAUCUUACAUUAGCACUUCCUUAUCAAAUCAUGCUUCAUGAAGUCGACAUACGACCUCAUCCGCCCACACUUAAUACUGGGCCGUCAGCCGUGCAGUUAGAAGUUUGCUCAGAUGCAACAUUGUCAACAUGGACUUUAUUAGCGCCGAACGUAUCCACGCUUGGAUUCAGUAAAAUUCGUAUCCCGGCUCAGCAUUAUCCAUACCCAAUUAAUGCCGUUCGUAUCUACCUUCGACGUGCACCAGAUUCAACGAAUCUUGGACUUUCGCAAAUACUUCUGCUUGGUACGAAUUCGCAGCAGGCGUUAGCAGUACCGUUGUCAGUCAGCAGUGAUUUUCGUCAGUGGUUAGCGAUUCUUGAUAGGUUAUGUACAAUGGAUGAGCCAGCAAUAUGGCAGUACGCAUGCGACCUACCACGUUGCCUUGUUGCACUCUUCUUGGGUCGUCCGCUUCAGACUGGUAUUUAUCGUCGUGUUGCAUCUUUGCUGGUUAGGAUUGAUACGGCGAAAGCUAAACCGAAUACAGUCGUUGAACUGAUUCUUGAUUAUAUCGGUAAUUGUCGGUAUGUUGCACCAAAAUCGUUGGAGUGGUUACCAGAAGUGAUAUUUACGCUUUGUUCGAAAGCAGCUGAAGGUACAACCACUCCAUUGCAUGUGAAACAUCAAAUUCAAGUAUUCAGACAACGACAAUUACUAAUAGGCAUUCAGUCGAUACUCUCUUGCAGUCAUUCGUUCCCUCAUAAUCAACAGGAAGCAGUUGCAGUUCUCAUGUGGUCCGCAUCUUGUGCGAUUUGGAAUAACGUGAGUGACGAAAGUAUGCAUUUCGACACGAUUGCAGUCUGCGUGGAAGUUGGCUCGAAAUUAAUUGCUGGAUUAUGCGGAGUAGCGUUAAAUGAACAGCGUAGAUGGCGAAAUGCAAUGUGUGAAUCGGCAUCGUGGCUGCUUUGUUCAUUGAUUCGAUGUGCACCAGCGCAUCUCGAUGAUUCGUUACGAUUUCUUGGUUUCGAUGAAGCAUCUCAGAGAAAUAUAAUCAUACCGUCGUCUGAAGCAAUGACCGUUGUUGGACGUAUGUGUCAGUCGGCAACUGCCAUUCGAGCAUUGUUAUCAGCAUCGAUCCUACAGACUUGGGUUGAUUACGCAAUAACGUUGUGUAAAAGUAGCGACGAAAUGCAUGCGGUGCAGUUGACCAGUAUAGUAGAAUGUAUCCGUGUAUUGUGUUCAAUCGAGGACGUUGUCGUGUUUCUGGAUAGUGCCCGCGGAUCGGCUCUCUUUAAGCCGUUGAUCACGUUUAUCGCCAAUAAUUCGCGUGCAUCUCACAUUAUUUCAUCGAGUAAUACGAACCUUACCGUAAACCUCGAAAAUGCUACCAUUGGGCUUGUAUGCAAGUGUAUCUCAGUCGGUGGUAACCAUCGAGAACGAAUCUCGAAUAUACUUUGUUCGUUACUUAAAGAUGCAGUUAUGUUGAAUGCAGCAAUCCAACAAAUGGUGCUGAAAUGUGUGCUCGAUGAUGAAAUCACCACUGUGAAAUUAGUUGAUCAAAAUACUCCAUCGUUCUUCUUCACGUCUCUUAAAGGACGAAAGGUUCAUCCGUUGUUCGGGUGUACCCGUCAUGAACGUGUCACUACAGUCUCUUUAUAUUCAUCAUUCCGAGAUAUAUUACCGCCUUGUGUAUUAUCUGCUAAUAUUGGACGUCGAAAUGCGUCGAAGGAUAAUUGCCAUGAAGUGGCGGAUCUGGAUCAUCUUUCGAACGCUAUCGAUUACAAUUUACAACAAGCAAGAAGCAACGAAACAGCAGCAACACAAGUGAAAGAAGCAUUAACAGCUUCAGCAUCAGAUUCCAAGAAGUUGGUCGUGACCUGUUUGAUGUGUGAUGCUUACAGUACGAGACGGCCGAUUUGUGGUGAUUGGUUUGUGGGUCAAUUCAUAGACGCACUUCACUCUGCACAGCACUUCAAUUCCAGCAGUGCAUCAAUUUCUGGUAGUGCGCUCGUUGAACGUGAUGCCAGUGAAACAGUAACCAAUACUACAACUGGUUAUAGCCACUCAACUGCUACAAAUUUCACCGACGGUUAUUUCACGCUAUUGUUGAAGGUUAACACCUCUACAGUCGAAGAGUUGAAACGCGCAGUUGAAGACGAAUUGGCACCGUUCAAUGUCUCAUCGAUUUCUACAUCGCAGCAUAUUUCAACACUGCAGCAUUUCGCGCGAGCUGGCGGUUUAGCGAUUCUAGCACAACACCUUCAGCUCUAUCAACCAUCAACUGCUAUCAGUGCAUGCACUGUCAGUCCUGCAACAGCAUAUUUGCCAAAGAAGCCAUCUUCUGGAGGUGGAGCGCCAUCGUCUCUUCAAAACUACGUGCUGCAACCGUUAAUGUCAGAACCGAAUGGCGGUUAUAUUCCGGUUUAUUUCCCUGUUUUGGAAACUGCUGAUGAUGAAGGCGCAGCAGUAGCUGCAUCGUCAUUAACUGGCUUUAGUUCCAAUGCUGUGCCAGCAUCAGCAUUUGGUGAUGAUCCAUCGAAUUUGGCGUAUGAUCAUGACUUUGAAUUCAUCGAUAUGCCACAUUGGAAUGCCAAUUACUCGUUCGUUCAAAAACUUUAUUCUCCAGCUCCGAAUCCACCUCCUCCAUAUGCCACUGUGAUGCCUAAUGUACAGAAGGGGUCGACGGGUCGUGUUGCUGCAUCAUCGUCAAGUUAUUCACUUACAACGGCUCUGUCACCACACGUUGUGAUCGCAUUCAGUGUUUUAUUGCGUCUGGAUGGCUAUGCUGAGUUGUUGGUCACCUAUGAUCGUGUUCGAUCCAAACGAUUGCUUCGUCUAGCAAUGGGUGUCUCAGCUUCUGAACAGAGCACGUUACCAAGGUGUAAAACUGCUACACAACACACCAAGAAAAAUGUUCCUGAGGAGGUGAGCAAUGAUAACGAUAUGUUAGCAUUGUUACCCUUCAUCGUACUGGAGCGCCUAUAUAGAAUGCAACAUCCUGAUACACCAGCAGGACGAAUACUCCGGAAAGCGUCCGUAUGUCUGGGCGUAUUGGAUAUUCUACUUGUGUGUCUCGCUCAUUACAGUCAUCAGAAGCAUAAGAUUGAGCCAAUACGACCUGAGUCGCUGUUGCCUGCCCCAGAAAGUGUACGACUCACGGAACAUUUGUUGCGUGCAUCAGCUCAAAUUGAAGCGUUACGUGCAGAAGCGACAAGUAACGCGAACGGAAGUGGCUACGAUGAGCGAAUGUCGUCAAUGAAUUAUACACCUGCGAGUGCCGGUGGCAUGAUUGCAUCGAACGCACCUAAUGCUCAGCAACAAAACUUUUGGGCAAAAGGAACUGGAUUCGGAAGUGGUACCACACAACAGCAAUGGAAUGUUGAUGCGCAUGUGAUGAAAAGAAAAUUAGACGAACAAACUGUUACGCAUCUAUUACGAGUUCUUGCAAGUUACAUAUUCCCUAGUCCAACAUGGAGACGUAAACGAUGUUCACGAUCACGCCGCAGUACAACCAAUACUUCAGAGUCAUCAUCUAUUAUGGAUAGUACAUCUCAGAGUUGGGGCAACUUACCACCUGGGCUAGUACGUUCAUCAUCUCAUUCUGUUUCACUUCCGUCACCAACAUCUGAAAUGGUUGGUGAUGAAUGGGUGCUGGAUUCAUCAGUUGUUGAUUUACUCGCGCGUUCUUGUCUUUUGCCAACUAUCUGUGCAUAUCUCAGGAAUGAUUCGGUGUUGGAUAUAUCAAGACAUGUCGAGGUAUAUGAAGCAGUGGUUCAUUUGGUUGCUGCGAUGGCACGUUGUCCUGCGAAACAAAACGAUCAAGGACAAGAUAUGCUCGCUGAGCUUCUUUCACAGUGUGACUCUGGUGUAUCGCUGCUUACAAUGCUCAAAAAACUUCACGGUUAUAUUCUCGCUUAUCUCUCCAAGCUCUACACUGAAAAUACAUCGCAGCAAGUUGAAACAAGUGAGACUAAAGGAACUGAAGAAACGUCUGUCACGACAGCAGCCGAUAAUACAUCGAACAAAGGUUCUGAAGAAGGACUGACUCGUCUUUCUCACAUCAUAAUGCGUACAUGCACAUUCAUAUCGCGACGUGUUGGUAGCGAUAACGCAGAAACAGAAGGUCAGACGAAGGUUGUAUUGACACCUGAUGAGAAAUAUAUUGAAGUAAUGCGUAAUGUUCAGUUCCAGAGUAUACCUUUCUUUUUGGAAACUGCUCGAAUACCGUACCAUUAUGAGAGUUCAUUGAGUGCCGUUGGCUUAUCAUCGACGUUAGGUAAGCGUACACGACGACUGGCACAAGAAGUGGUCACUUUGAGUAAUUCACUUCCUUUAACUGCGAGCAGUUCGGUGUUUGUUCGAUGUGCUGAGGAGAGACUCGACGUUAUGAAGGUGUUGAUAACUGGACCAUCAGAUACUCCGUAUAUGAAUGGAUGUUUCGAAUUUGAUGUUUGGUUUCCGGCCGACUAUCCAAAUUCUCCAAUGCACGUCAACCUGGAAACAACUGGAAAUCAUACAGUGCGCUUCAAUCCAAAUCUCUAUAAUGAUGGUAAAGUAUGUCUCUCCGUACUGAACACAUGGCAUGGACGUCCCGAAGAACGCUGGAAUCCAGGAACCAGCAGUUUCUUACAGGUAAUUGUCAGUAUGCAGUCUUUGAUUCUUGUUUCUGAGCCAUAUUUCAAUGAACCUGGAUAUGAGAGGUCAAGGUGUACUCAGGCAGGACAACAGGCUUCUCGGGACUAUGACGCAAACAUCAGACAAGCAACAGUUAAAUGGGCAAUGUUGGAAAUGAUUCGUCAUCCACCGCCAGCGUUUCGUGAUGUUAUUACGAGACAUUUUUGGCUAAAACGUGAUGAAAUUAUCGCGCAGAUCACGGAAUGGAUUCGAGAGAUGACCGUUCAACUUGAGGAACAACGUGGUGUGGCGCGUACUCUUCAGGCUCAUUUGUCAUCUUUGAAGCGUCACUUUACGGCACUCCAAGACGAAUUGGCUCGUAUGGAACGACCGGCAGGUGUUGAUGAAGAUGUAGUAUCAGUUGCUCAAUCAUCAAAUGUGAAUCCUUCUUCAAACGGAACGGUGGGUUGA